AUGGACGUCGUUCCCUUGGUUUGCUCGGUCGUUGCCAUCGCUGCAACACUCACGUUGCUUGACGGCCGAAUCUUUCCGCGAGAGCCCGAGAAUGACUAUGUCACAGACUGGAUUGCGCUGCCCCGGUGCCCGGUGUUUGGCAUUGGAAAGACAAAGGCCUACGACCACGUGAACGAAAUCAUUGUGCUUUUGCAACGUGUGCACCUGGUGUCAACUUUUGUGCUGCCGUCAUCUAUGGUUGCGUGGCGGGCUGUUGCUGCAGGGCUUGAAGCGGUGGCUGGGUUUCCAAUUGUGUACGGAGCCGUUGACGGGUGCCUCGUCAUGGUAAAACGAUUCAGACAGCACGAGGGCUGGUAUUAUCGAAAAGGAUUCCCGGCGUUCAACUUGAUGACGUUGGCGGAUGAUUAA